CCGGAUCUCCUCAAUUUCAAGAAGGGAUGGAUGUCCAUCCUGGACGAGCCAGGAGAGUGGAAGAAACAUUGGUUCGUGCUGACCGACUCGAGCCUGAAGUAUUACCGGGACUCGAACGCAGAGGAGGCUGAUGACCUUGACGGAGAAAUCGACCUCCGCUCCUGCACGGACGUGACAGAGUUUGCAGUGCAGCGCAACUAUGGCUUCCAGAUACACACAAAGGAUGCCGUCUUCACCCUGUCAGCAAUGACCUCGGGCAUCCGGCGCAACUGGAUUGAGGCCUUGAGGAAGAACGUGCGCCCGGUCAGUGCUCCGGACGUCACCAAGCUGUCUGACUGCGAUAAGGAGAACUCCUUCCGUAACUGUGUCCCCCAGAAGGGCUCACUCCGGACAGAGGAGCAGCAGCGGCCGGGCUCAGGCUCCGAGGGGAACUCAAAGGGCGGUCACUGGAAGGCAGAUGGGCAGCGCCAUGCCUUUGACUACGUGGAGCUGUCUCCCUUGCCACAGGACCCCGGGAAUCAGGGGUCCCUGCAGAGGACGAGAGGGAGCUUGAGGACCUCCGACCGAACUCCCAAGCACGAGGAGCUAGAGCGGGAUCUGGCUGUCCGUUCGGAGGAGAGGCGGAAAUGGUUUGAGACCCCUGACGGCAGAGUCCCAAUUAGUGAUGGCCUGACAGGGGACUCUUCCCGCAAGGCGGGGGAGCAGGACCUCCCCGCUCCCCCGCUUUCAGAGGACCAGCGGAUUCGGCUGAAUGAGGAGAUAGAGAAGAAGUGGCUGGAGCUGGAAGGCCUUCCCUUGAAGGACUCACACUUGACAGCACUGCGGAACCAGAGCAAGGGGAGCCACGGAGACACCAACGAGGCACUGAGAAAGGAGGUCCAGUCACUGCGGGCACAGCUGGAGUCCUGCCGGGCCCAAAAUGAGAGCCUUCGGGAGGCAGCAAAAUCCCAGGGAGACAGCCACGUGCCCCGGGGGUACAUCUCGCAGGAGGCCUGUGAGCGCAGCCUGGCCAAGAUGGAGUCGUCCCACCAGCAAGUGAUGGAGGAGCUCCAGAGGCACCACCAGCGGGAGCUGGAGCGGCUGCGGCAGGAGAAGGAGCGGCUGCUAGCGGAGGAGGCUGCGGCAACGGCAGCAGCCAUUGAGGCACUGAAGAAAGCCCACCGGGAGGAGAUGAAUAAGGAGCUGGUCAGGACACGAAGCUUACAGCAGUGCGGCUCAGUCUCAGAUGCCCUCCAGAAGCAGCACCAGUUGGACGUGGAUUCCCUGAAGCGGGAGCUGCAGGUGCUUUCUGAGCAGUACUCCCAAAAGUGCCUGGAAAUUGGGGAGCUCACCCAGAAGGCAGAGGAGCGGGAGCAGAUGCUGCAGUGCUGUCAGCAAGAGGGGAAGGAGCUCCUCCGGAAAAACCAGGAGCUGCAGACCCGCCUCUCAGAUGAGAUCGGGAAGUUGCAAAGCUUUAUUUCAUCACGGAGCUCUGGGGACCGCUCUCUGCACAACAACGAGCGGAGCUCCUGUGAACUAGAGGUGCUGCUCCGGGUGAAGGAGAAUGAGCUCCAGUACCUAAAGAAAGAGGUACAGUGCCUCCGGGAGGAGCUGCAGAUGAUGCAAAAGGAUAAGAGAUUUGCCUCAGGGAAAUACCAAGACGUCUAUGCAGAGCUGAAUCACAUUAAGGUGCGCUCAGAGCGAGAGAUCGAGCAGCUGAAGGAGCACCUGCGCCUGGCCAUGGCGGCUCUGCAGGAGAAGGAGUCGCUGUGCAACAGCGUUGGCGAGUAA